AUGAUGGAAACCGACCAACAAGACACUCGCGAAUUCCAAAACCAGAUGCGCACAGCUAUGGCAAAGCUGCAAUCCUCUCUCGAUGGAGCUUUGGUAAACUUGGAGAGACGUGAGGCGCCGCCUGCAAAUCCUCGGGAAGACAACGCGAUGGAGGACCUCGAAGAAGCGGAGCGUGCACCUGGUCAGGCUGAUCGGACGUUCCCCCGAAAUUCGCCUGUGCCGGAGGGCAUGGCCAUGCACGAUCAGGAAAGAGGAGCUAUCCAGGAAAAUGUGGAAUAUCUCGAAGAACUCGAGGAAGAGGAAGGGGAAGUUGGCGAAGAAGAAGAGGUGCCGCAAGAAGUCGAACAAGAGCGCAUCCGACAACAGAACGCCAUUGCGCGCCAAGAGAUAGAAGGAGAUAUUCGACAGCUUCAACAAGCUCGCACUAACUUUCUUCAAAUAAUAGAUAAAUUGCGCCGUCUUCCCACAUGUCCGCCAAGGAGAUUGGGCUACGGAGCGGUCAGAAGUGACACGGAACGAUUCAUGCUCUGCGCCUUCUGCAGAGCAAGCGGAAAGCAUUACUCGGACUCGUGCGACGAGUUCCCCUCUGUGUAUGUGCGCCGUCCUAUGAUUGAGGACAGGGGAAAGUGCAUUGAGUGCCUCGAACUUUGUCGCAGAGACAAGUCGUGUAAAAAAUACUAUGAGCACUGUUAUCACUGCGGGAAAUACGACCACCAUUCCGCCUUGUGCGAGCUACCCGACAAAAGUGAUGAAAUCAAUUGGCAGCAAUCAGCAAUUGGCACAUGCGAGGCGCGGACUUGCCCAAACAACGGACCGCAUCAAUCAGCUGGAGCGCGACCUUCAAUGACUCCAGGACUAGAAGAACGCCGGCCGGGAGUAUCGCGGAGGAACCGCGAUUUUGCGAUCUAUGUAGACAUUUUAGUGUUUGAUAUUGUUAACCUUUGA